GUGAAAAUGUUUGAUUUUCUAUUUUCCGUCGGCAUCUUGGGCAUUAUUUUGCUUUUCUCUAUCCUAUAUCGUGAAAGGUAUAGACGGCUAAUCCAACACAUCGACAAAUUCCAUGGACCAACGAAGAUUCCAAUUUUGGGCAAUCUAUUGCAACUGGGAUUCACUCCAGAUGCCUAUCUGAAAGCUGUUCUGAAAUGGUACAAACAAUUUGAUUAUAAGAAUUUCUAUGUUUGGAUCGGGCCCAUUCCAUUUAUCAUGCUGGUAGAAAGUAAGUCCGUUGAGCAUGUUCUCAGUAGCAAUACCUUGACUUACAAAGAGGAGCCGUACUACUUGAUGUAUCCCUGGCUGGGAAGAGGUCUCCUCACCUCCAAUGGACACCAAUGGUUGUUGCGCCGAAAGCUGAUAACGCCUUCCUUUCAUUUUAAGAUCCUAAAAGAAUUUCUUCAGGUCAUGAAUGAAACAAGUGGACGUUUUAUUGAGCUACUUUCGAGGGAGGCCGCUGCUUCCAAAGAUCAAUUACUGGACAUUCAAAAUUUAGUUCCCAGAUUAACCAUAGACGUUAUUUGCGAAACCGCCAUGGGCACAAAGGUCAACAGCGUGGAAGGUCAGCCAUCAGAAAUUGUAGAAGCCAUUGGAGUUCUUUGCAAUAUAAUUCCCGAACGAGUACUGUCGUGCCUUAAACGCAUAGAGUGGUUUUUUAUGUGCACUCCCAUGUAUUGGCAACAGAAAAAAGCCUUAGCCACGAUGAGGAAAAAUUUUGCCAAGAUUAUUGAAGAUCGACGACGACUGUUGGAGUCCUUUCCACCCAUUUCAAAUGAUACUGAAGAUGAUGAAUUUACCAGCAAACGUCCAAAAAUGGCUUUUCUUGAUAAUCUGUUGACGGCCGAUGUGGAGGGUAAACGUUUAAGUUUCGAAGACAUCUUUGAAGAAGUCUCUACUUUUAUGUUUGAGGGACAUGAUACCACAGCCACAGCCAUUAUUUUUGGAAUUUACUGUCUGGCCUGGACGCCACGGGUUCAAAAAGCGGCGUAUGAUGAGCAAAACCUAAUAUUUGGUGCGGAUAGUAAGCGUCAUCCAACUUAUGAUGAGCUACAGAAUAUGCCCUAUCUGGACUUGGUUAUUAAGGAAACCCUCCGUCUUUUUCCGAGUGUACCCUUUAUUUUUCGCACAGCUCCAAAUGACACAUAUGUUUUGGACAAGUUCUUGCCAAAGGGUACCUCUAUGGUUAUUCCUAUCUUUGGCCUGGGUCACAAUCCUCACAACUUCGAUGAGCCUUUCGAGUUUCGGCCAGAACGUUUUGCAAAUACUGACCGGACAAAAGUUAAUGUUUUUGAUAGUGUUCCCUUUAGUGCCGGUGCCAGAAAUUGCAUUGGCCAAAAAUUUGCAUUACUUGAACUGAAAGUGGUUCUGUCUAAAGUAUUGCGGCGGUUUCAGUUGCUACCCGCUCCUUUGGCCAAGCAAAAUAUAGCGGAUAUAUUAAACCCGGACUAUAAGCCCGGGGAACAAGAAGUUAAAAUGUAUGUAUCCAUCACCCUGAAAUCACUAACUGGUGUGCCAGUAAGACUGGGUACACUGGGCCACCAGCUCCUGGGCGUCGAAGAUUUCCUGUGUUUCCGACAGGGAACUAAGCUUCUGGAUGAAUUGGCCACCCGUUCGUUGAACCACUCGGAGAUAUCCCUCGAUGGCCGACCGUUCGAAGGCGGGGAGGUAGAUCUUUUGAUGCUUCAGCCACCGGGCACCGGAACUGAAAUUCUUGACCAGGUAUUUGCUUGGUGGCAUCAAUUUGGAAAAGACAAUUUUUGUUUCUGGAUAGGACCUUACUCCAAUGUACUGGUCACAAACCCCAAGUUCUUGGAGUAUAUACUCAGUAGCCAGACAUUGAUCUCAAAGUCCGACAUCUAUGACCUUACUCAUCCUUGGCUGGGUUUGGGUUUGCUCACCAGCACUGGCAGCAAGUGGCACAAACACCGCAAAAUGAUCACACCUGCAUUCCACUUUAAUAUCCUUCAGGACUUUCACGAGGUGAUGAACGAGAACUCCAGCAAGUUCAUCAAGCACCUGCGAAAGGUAGCAGCCGGAGACACUAUCUUCGAUUUCCAGGAACAGGCCCACUACCUGACCCUAGAUGUUAUCUGUGAUACUGCUAUGGGAGUGUCCAUAAAUGCCAUGGAAAAUCGUACCUCAUCUAUAGUUCAGGCUUUCAAGGACAUGUGCUACAAUAUUAAUAUGAGAGCCUUCAAUCCGCUGAAGCGAAAUGAGUGGCUCUACCGCCUUGCUCCUGACUAUCCUGCCUACAGCAGGACUCUUAAAACUCUUAGGGACUUCACCAAUGAAAUAAUUGAGAAGCGAAUUGCGGCCCACAAGUCAGGUUCCGUGACAACAGCCCAAGCCGAUGAGUUCUCUCGCAAAAAGAUGGCUUUCCUGGACACGCUACUAUCAUCCACCAUUGACGGACGUCCUUUGAACUCAACGGAGCUGUACGAGGAAGUGUCCACCUUUAUGUUUGAAGGACAUGACACCACAACGUCUGGUGUUUCCUUUGCAGUCUACUUGCUUUCCAGACAUCCCGACGAACAGAAAAAAUUGUUUGCUGAGCAAUGCGAAGUGAUGGGCACUUCGGAACUAAAUCGGGAUGCCACCUACCAAGAAAUCUCCCAAAUGAAGUACUUAGAUCUCUACAUAAAGGAGGCUCAGCGUUUGUAUCCCAGUGUUCCAUUUAUUGGUCGUUACACGGAAAAAGACUACGAAAUUGAAGGAAAACUCCUGCCCAAAGGCAGCACCCUGAAUUUGGGACUCGUAAUGCUUGGCUACAAUGAAAAAGUGUUCAAGGAUCCCCUUAAGUUCUGGCCCGAGCGCUUUGAGCAGCAGAAGCCCGGUCCUUUUGAGUAUGUGCCUUUCAGUGCCGGUCCUCGAAACUGCAUUGGCCAAAAGUUUGCCCUUUUGGAAAUCAAGACAGUAGUCUCCAAAAUCAUUCGAAACUUUGAGGUCCUUCCUGCCCUGGAUGAACUAGUCUCCAAGGAUGGCUAUGUCAGCACAUCUGUGGGACUGCCGCCUGCCGAGAGGGCAAAGCUUCUCGGUUCGCGGCUUGUGUCACUUGGGAAGAUGUGGGUUGUGCUGUGCAUUCUACUCGGCUUGCCGCUGCUUUUGGUGGCCUAUUUCGAACUGGGCCUACUGCGACGAAAACGCAUGCUAAACAAGUUCCAGGGGCCCCGAAUGCUGCCCCUAGUGGGAAAUGCACAUCAAAUGGGCAAGACACCCACAGAAAUUCUAAAUCGAUUCUUUGGCUGGUGGCACGAGUAUGGCAAAGGCAAUUUUCGUUACUGGAUUGGAUCCUAUUCAAAUAUUUUAGUAACAAGUCCCAAAUAUAUGGAGUUUAUACUUAGUAGUCAGACUCUGAUUUCCAAGUCUGAUUCCUAUGAUCUCAUGCAUGCCUGGUUGGGAUUGGGUUUACUCACCAGUACGGGUAGCAAGUGGCACAAACGACGCAAGAUGAUCACUCCUGCCUUCCACUUUAACAUCCUUCAGGACUUUCACGAGGUGAUGAACGAGAACUCUAGCAAGUUCAUCGAUCAACUGAGAAAAGUUGCCGACGGGGACAAUAUCUUCGAUUUCCAAGAGGAGGCUCAUUACCUGACUUUGGAUGUAAUUUGCGAUACUGCAAUGGGUGUUUCCAUUAAUGCCAUGGAAAACAGAAGCUCCUCCGUUGUUCAAGCUUUUAAGGAUAUGUGCUACAUCAUUAAAAUGAGGGCGUUUAAUCCGUGGAAACGAAAUGAAAAGCUGUUUCGCUGGGCAUCCGACUACCCAGCCUAUAAAAGCACUUUGAAAACUCUUCAAGAUUUCACAAACGAGAUCAUUGAAAAGAGGAUUGAAGCUCGAAAUUUGAACAAAACCCCAGAAAGUCCUGGCACCGAGUUUGUCCGCAAAAAGAUGGCCUUUUUGGAUACUUUGCUUUCAUCCAAAAUCGAUGGUCGUCCCUUGACUUCCCAGGAGCUUUACGAAGAAGUAUCCACUUUCAUGUUUGAGGGUCAUGAUACCACAACAUCUGGUGUGGGCUUCGCGGUUUAUUUGUUAUCUCGACAUCAAGAUGAACAGGCUAAAUUAUUUAAAGAGCAGUGCGACAUAAUGGGUGGCACCAAUCUUUGUCGGGAUGCCACAUUCCAGGAAAUCACUCAAAUGAAAUACUUGGAUCUUUUCAUAAAAGAAGCUCAACGUCUUUAUCCCAGUGUUCCCUUUAUUGGGCGCUUUACUGAGAAGGACUACGAAAUUGAUGGUCAGAUAGUACCCAAGGGCACCACGCUGAACUUGGGCCUUCUAGUAUUGGGAUAUAACGACCGUGUUUUCAAGGAUCCUCAUAAAUUCCGACCUGAGCGCUUUGAAGAGGAAAAGCCUGGACCUUUUGAGUACGUUCCCUUUAGUGCUGGCCCGCGAAAUUGCAUUGGACAAAAAUUUGCCCUUUUGGAAAUCAAAACAGUGGUGUCCAAGAUUAUACGAAACUUUAAGGUUCUACCGGCCCUGGACGAACUUGCCUCUAAAGACGGUUAUGUAGCUACCACCGUUGGUCUGCCACCAGUGGAGAAGGCUAAAAAGGAUGCAUUUGUUCACAAAUACGAUCCCAUUUUGUCAGCGGCCAUGACACUCAAAUCGGAAAAUGGUCUCUUUCUUCGCAUGAAAUCAAGGCUCUAAAAUAAAGCAUACUUUUAAGCAGAGAGUA